AUGAGUUCAUCUGAUGAUCCAAAUGAAGCAAAGAAAAAAUCAAUUUCAACAACUAGUGGUUGUCUAGUAUGUGGAGACAAUGCAACACUAAUUAAUUAUGGAGCUUUAUCUUGUUUAUCAUGUCGUACAUUUUUUCGUCGAAAUGGUUAUCCUAACAAAGAAGUUCCGGCAUGUCGUUAUGAUGGCGAUUGUGAAGUAAAUAUGUUAACAAGAAAAGUUUGCAAACCAUGUCGGCUUGCUAAAUGUCUUGCUGUAGGCAUGUGUCCAGAUUUAAUUCGUAAAGUAGAUUUAACGAGAGAAAAACAAAAAUCUACCAAAUCAAAAAUUGACGAACUUCCUGUGGUGACUAUACCACAACAAUCUGCAUUGGAUCGACCACCUGAUGGACAUGUAGAUCUUAGUGCUUCAGAUCGGUCUAUAAUAUCUAAUAUUGUACAUGCAUUUGAUGUAUUUAGUCCUGUUUCAGCAGUACGACGUUCAAUUGAAAAUUUAACUACAACAGCAUCAAAUAUUCAAUAUGAUGUAUCUCAAUCACUUAAUUUAAUGUCAUCAUUUUAUAAUUCUUUACAAUUAUUUAUAAGUUCAACACCUGAUUUUAAAGUACUUACAUCAGAUGAACAACGUUCAUUAUUUCAACGUAAUAUGCUUGGUCUUCUAUGUGUUGGUGGAAUGUAUUUAAUGCGUGAAUCAGGUAUAUUUGAUAAACCUGAAAAUGAAUUAGUAAUUUUACCAUUAUAUGGCACAGAAGUAACACGACAAACUAGAUUAAUUUGUCAACAACUUAGUUUAGAUCCAAUACUUUUCAAAAUAACACUUGUUGCUCUUGCUUUUUCUUCCAAUUGUUAUAUGAUACAUGAUGAUGGAAAUAUUACUAGAGAUAGUUUAUUAUUAGGUACAUUUCGUUUAUUAGGAAGUCAAAAUGCUUAUGUUGAACUUAUUUGGAAAUAUUUAAUGCAUACAUAUGGUCAUGAUCAUGCAGUACAAACAUUUUCUAAACUUAUCAAACAUCUUCUUGAAAUACUUACACUUUCCAUUGAUAUGUAUAAAACUAAUGAAAUUCAUCAAAAUUUUAUUGAUAAUAUUAUUAAACAAAAUGAAACAUCUUCAAUUGUUGAUGAAAAAGCAAUUAUACCAUUAUGGGGUAAAAACUCAUAA